UUCUUAUUUUAACACUAUUUUGGGGGUUCCGUAUAGGGGGUCUGUAGGGGUAGUCCAUGGACCGGUCCAUGGGUAGUCCACACACCCGGUCUAUGGUGGGGGUCUGCGGACCGGGGGUCAGUGUUUUCAGGUUACCCUUAAAAAUCAUGCCUGUUAGCAGGUGUUAAAAACAUAACAACUACAGGUAUUGUGUAUGUAAAGGAUGUAAAGCAAUUUUUUAUUUGUUCACAUAGAGUACCUGGCUACUGCAGAGCAAGUGUUUCCCCUCCCACAAGGUUUGUUUCUGCUCAACUUUCAGGUGGAUUGAAAAUAUUAUUAGUACAUAGACACCUUGGAGAUGUGAAGAACUUAGCCCCUCAUAAAGAGCAUGGUGAGUUAAAAAUGAUUGUGAUUAAUACUGCUGUCCACCUGUACCUAGUAUAGCACACUUUUUUGCGAAAGUCCUUUUCAUGCUUGCUGGAUAAAAGAUGGAGAAAUCUGACUGCGCUGAAGUGAGUUGGAAGUGUAAAAGCUUAGGUAAAGAAGGGAAGGGAAAUGAGAAGUGUGGUAGCGUCUAGAAGCAAGCAAGUUGUGGUUGCCAAGAGCCAAAGGAUUUUGUAUAGUGUGAUCGUCCGGGUGAGGGUAGUUCUGAAAAGAACUGUUGUUGGUAAAUAGCGUUUGUCAGUCGAUGAUGUUAUAAGUCUGGUCCGUUGAAAAUGAUCGGUCAGUUUAACCACGAUGGUAUUGGCUGAAAGACUUGUGUAAAGUUUGUCAUCAGUCAUAUUUAUCAGUCUUAUUUAUAUUCACUUAGUAAGGGACUGGCCAUGGUGCAGGUACUCCUAACUACAAUUUAUUGCUAGUAGCAUACUAUAGUGGAACACUUUUAAUCCAGCCACUGACAGGCCACAAAGAUCUGGCUGUAUUAAUUAACAGGUUGGCCAUAUUACCAGCCUCGAGUGUUGUUUGAAUUAUAGUAAUUACUAGGAAAUAACUGACUGAGCUUUUGUUGAGGCCAGAAUAAAUUGACUGUGAUAUUGAGGUGACCAUGUUUAAAUGGGUUGCCAUCACUGUAAGGCAGGGUUCUACUCUGCAUGUAUCCGGGAUGGAGUUUAUUAUCAUGUACCAAUGCAGAAGUUGUCGUGCCAGAAGGAGUCAUACUGGGAGUUGACCAUGCAGUAGUUUCUUGGUACGUACUUGUACAGUUAUGCCAUUAAAUUUUUUUUUUUUUAAUUUUUAAUUUUUAUUGUUAUUGAAAAACAAAUGAUUACUUACAUCGUACUUACUCUAGCUAAAUUACAAUAAAGUACAAUAUUUUAAUCUACUACUUGCACUAUUUACCAUGCGAACUCACAUUACAAGGAUAUGCUUAGGCUAUAAAACAAUGCCACAACUUGCACUACUAUCAGUUCUCAGUUAUUUACUUAUUUAUUAUUAUUAUUAUUAUUAUUAUUAUUAUUAUUAUUAUUAUUACUUUUCUGAAAACAUACAUGUACACCACUGACAAUUACAAUUAAGAUUGAGAAAACGCUACGUGCAAAAAGGAAAAAAAAGCUACAACUAUUGAGGUGACCAUAAUAACUAAUGGGUUGCCAUCACUGUAAGGCAGGGUUCUACUCUAUUUGGGAUGGAGUGUAUUAUCCUGUACCAAUGCAGAAGUUGUCAUGCCAGAUAUUUCUUUUCUUUUUUUCAUAGUACAAGGAUCUCAGACAGAUCAAAUUCGUGAAUUCGGUAGUUCCCAGUCCUUGUAAGACACAGCCAAAUAUUAAAAUCUAAUAUUAAUUAAAAAUAGCUUCAUUUUUAUACCAGAAAUAGGAAGGAAUUCAUGUCAGGAUUCUAGUAACAUACAUGACUGUGUAACUAGACUGAACACUUUUACUCAUACCUCUCAUCUUGUACAUACUCUUAUGUAUGACUAUCUUAAGGUCCCUAUAAUUUAAUAAAUAAAUGUAUUUUUGAUUCCAGACUAAUAAAGACCGUACGCUUAGUAUAUUGCUCACUUCAAUCUAGAAUUGUAAUGAUCUUUUGAGCAGUUAAAAUUCUUAAUGACUGCUUCUCACAAGUCACCUCUCUGUGUGGUUUUGUUAGUUCCUUCGUUUGCUGGAAGGUACAAAUUUGUUUGGGUUAUUGGACAAGGACAAUCUUUAAUUCUGGUUGCUGCUGAGGAUACUUUCCAUCUUAAUGAGAGGUCAGUUGCAGUGAAAAUCAUGCAUCUGGACUAUUCAAGACUUGGUGCUCAGGAGGCAGAUUGCAUUCAGCAGAUGAAUAAGGCAGAUAUCCUUUGUGUCUCCAGAACUGCCCAGUUGUAAAUAAUGUUUUCAGCUUUGAGGGUCACUAUUGUUUGGUGUUUGAGUUGCUAUGUCCAAGACCUCUCCAUCAAUACUUCAAGAAAUGUUAGUUUGAAAUUGAGUAGGAGGCAAAGUUGAAAGUGAUCAGAAAAAUAAUGUUACAACUUUUACAAGCCCUUGGAUUCCUAAAAAGAGAGAAUGUUAUCCAUGCUGACUUAAAACCAGAGAACAUUCUUUUGGAAGAAGGUGAGGAAAUCAAGAUUAAAGUCUUGGACUUUGGGAAUGCAAUACAUUGGGUUCAUAGAGAGGUUUCCUUGUAUUAUGAUGAGUUUGAACUGCAAACAUUACUUUACCGAACUCCAGAGGUGAUGUUUGGUGUUCCAUUUGGCCCAGAAAUCAACAUCUGGUCUUUAGGGUGUAUCCUAACUGAGUUGUACAUUGGAAACCUUUGUUUCUUGGAAGAAAUAAAAAUGAAAUCUUGCAAGAGGUGACCUCAAUCUUUGGUCCCAUACCUAGGAAUCCAUUCCAGACUGGCAAGUUUUUCCAAGAAUUGUCAGAGUUUGUUGGUCACAAUCCAGAAGUUCAUCAGCUCGUCAUUGUGACUAACCUGAUGAAGAAAUUUCACAACUCAAGGAAUUACGCCUUUGCAAGUUUCCUGUUUGGAUUGCUGCAGUACAACCCUGGUAAACGACUUACACCCUGUCAAGCUGCUAUGCAUCCAUUCUUGGCUCCUGAGUUUCCAAGUGCUUAUCUGUUGCCAUGGCAAGGAGACAAAAUCUCAG